CGGAUGGAUAUUGUCACAUGACACUUUUCCACGUCGCAAUGUUUUCUUAGUAUAAAUAAAGUGUCCGCGCCUUUCGUGAAUCAUAUUGAACACAGAAGCAAGAACAGUGUCUAAGAAGACGUGUACGUUACAUUUACUUCGAGGUUAAUCGUGUAAAGAUGCAGAUCUUCGUCAAGACCCUCACUGGUAAAACCAUCACACUAGAAGUGGAGCCCAGUGACACCAUUGAGAAUGUGAAGGCCAAGAUCCAGGACAAGGAGGGCAUCCCCCCAGACCAGCAGCGUCUGAUCUUCGCUGGCAAGCAGCUGGAAGAUGGCCGUACCCUCUCCGACUACAACAUCCAGAAAGAGUCCACCCUCCACCUUGUGCUGCGUCUCAGGGGAGGCAUGCAGAUCUUCGUCAAGACCCUCACUGGUAAAACCAUCACACUAGAAGUGGAGCCCAGUGACACCAUUGAGAAUGUGAAGGCCAAGAUCCAGGACAAGGAGGGCAUCCCCCCAGACCAGCAGCGUCUGAUCUUCGCUGGCAAGCAGCUGGAAGAUGGCCGUACCCUCUCUGACUACAACAUCCAGAAAGAGUCCACCCUCCACCUUGUGCUGCGUCUCAGGGGAGGCAUGCAGAUCUUCGUCAAGACCCUCACUGGUAAAACCAUCACACUAGAAGUGGAGCCCAGUGACACCAUUGAGAAUGUGAAGGCCAAGAUCCAGGACAAGGAGGGCAUCCCCCCAGACCAGCAGCGUCUGAUCUUCGCUGGCAAGCAGCUGGAAGAUGGCCGUACCCUCUCCGACUACAACAUCCAGAAAGAGUCCACCCUCCACCUUGUGCUGCGUCUCAGGGGAGGCAUGCAGAUCUUCGUCAAGACCCUCACUGGUAAAACCAUCACACUAGAAGUGGAGCCCAGUGACACCAUUGAGAAUGUGAAGGCCAAGAUCCAGGACAAGGAGGGCAUCCCCCCAGACCAGCAGCGUCUGAUCUUCGCUGGCAAGCAGCUGGAAGAUGGCCGUACCCUCUCUGACUACAACAUCCAGAAAGAGUCCACCCUCCACCUUGUGCUGCGUCUCAGGGGAGGCAUGCAGAUCUUCGUCAAGACCCUCACUGGUAAAACCAUCACACUAGAAGUGGAGCCCAGUGACACCAUUGAGAAUGUGAAGGCCAAGAUCCAGGACAAGGAGGGCAUCCCCCCAGACCAGCAGCGUCUGAUCUUCGCUGGCAAGCAGCUGGAAGAUGGCCGUACCCUCUCCGACUACAACAUCCAGAAAGAGUCCACACUCCACCUUGUGCUGCGUCUCAGGGGAGGACAGUAAAAGUUUCCCCUGCUUCUGUUCUGGCAAAUGUUCAGUUUUUUUUCACAUGUUUGUUUUUUAUUGAAGUCAUUAAAGGCUAAAUGAAUGCAAUUAA